ACAGAGGAACAGCGUCAAAAUCCUACCCCUUCAACAGAGGAGCAGCGUCAAAGUCCCGCCCCUUCACCAGAGGAGCAGCGUCAAAGUCCCGCCCCUUCAACAGAGGAACAAUGUCAAAAUCCCGCCCCUUCAACAGAGGAGCAGUGUCAAAGUCCCGCCCCUUCAACAGAGGAGCAACAUCAAAGUCCCACCCCUUUAACAGAGGAGCAAUGUCAAAAUCCCGCCCAUUCAACCAAGGAACAGCAUCAAAAUCAUGCCCAUUCAACCGAGGAGCAGCGUCAAAGUCCUGCCUCUACAACCGAGGAGCAGCGUCAAAGUCCUGCCCCUUCAACAGAGGAGCAGUAUCAUAGUCCCGCCGCUUCUUCAGAGAAGCAGCAUCAAAGUCCUGCCCCAACAGAGGAGCAACGUCAAAGUCCUUCCCCUUCAACAGAGGAGCAGCAUCAAAGUCCUGUCCCUUCAACCAAGGAGCAACGUCAAAGUCCUUCCCCUUCAACAGAGGAGCAGUGUCACAGUUUUGCCCCUUCAACAGAGGUGCAGAGUCAAAAUCCUGCCCCUUCAACAGAGGAGCAGUGUCAAAGUUCUGCCCCUUCAACAGAGGUGCAGAGUCAAAGUCCUGCCCCUUCAACAGGGGAGCAGCAACAAAGUCCUUCCCCUUCAAUAGAGGAGCAGCGUCAAAGUUCUGCCCCUUCAACCGAGGAUCAACGUCAAAAUCUUGCACCUUCAAUCGGGGAGCAGCGUCAAAGUCCUUCACCUUCAACAGAGGAGCAGCAUCGAAGUCCUGCUACUUCAACUAAGGAUCAACGUCAAAGUCCUACUCCUUCAAAAGAGGAGCGGUGUCAAAUUCCUUCACCUUCAACAGAGGAGCAGCAUCAAAGUCCUGCCUCUUCAACAGAGGUGCAGUGUCAAAGUCCUGCCCUUUCAUUUGUGGAACAGCGUCAAAGUCCUGCCCCUUCAACAGAGGGGCAACGGCAAACUCCUGCCCCAUCAACAGAGGAGCAGAAUCAAAGUCCUUCACCUUCACCAGAGGAGCGGCAUCAAAGUCCUUCACCUUCAACAGAGGAGCGGCAUCAAAGUCCUACACCUACUACAGUGGAGCAGCAUCAAAGUCUUGUACCUACUACAGAGGAGCUACAUCGAAGUCCUGCCCCUUCAACAGAAGAGCACCAUCAAAGUCCUGCCCCUUCAGCAGAAGAGUACCAUCAAAGUCCUGCCCUUUCAAUGGAAGAGCAUCAUCAAAGUCCUGCCCCUUCAAUGCAGGAGCAGUAUCAAUGUCUUACACCUUCAACAGAGGUGCAACUUCAAAGUCCUACCCCUUCAACAGAGGAGCAAUGUCACCGUCCUACUCUUUCAGAAGAGGAGCAGCAUCAAAGUCCUGUUCCUUUAAUUGAAGUGCAUUGUCAAAGUCCUGCAUCUUCAAUGGAAGAGGAGUGUCUACGUCCUGCACCUUCAUUGGAGGAGCAGCGUCAAAGUCCUGUCCCUUCAAAAGAAGUGCUGCAUCAAAGUCCUGUUCCUUCAAAAGAAGUGCUGCGUCAAAGUUCUGCACCUUCAUUGGAGGAGCAGCAUCCUGUCUCUUCAAAAGAAGUGCUGCGUCAAAGUCCUGCACCUUCAAUGGAGGAGCAGCAUCGAAGUCCUGCACCUUUAGUGGAGGAGCAGUAUCAAUGUCCUGUCCCUUCAACGGAAGAGCAGCAUCAAAGUCCUGCCCCUUCUAUAGAGGAGCAGAAUCAAAGUCUUGCACCUUUUGAGGAGGAACUACGUCGAAGACCUGCACCUUUUGAGGAAGAGCCACUUCAAACUCCGGCCCAUCCUACAGAAGAGCAGCAGCAUGAAAGUCUGGCACCGUAUACAAAUGAGCAGUGCCAAAGUCCUGCAGCUUCUUCAGAGGAGCCACAUGAAAGUCCUGCACCUUCUAUUAAGAAGUUCCAUCAAAUUUAUGCAUCAUCCCCACAUGAGACCCAUCCAAGUGCUUUACUGGUUCAUAAAAUACACAAACACACUCCUCCAUGUUCUCCUAAAUCCACCAAUAAAUGUCCAGGUCUUUCUAUUGAAGGGCAUCAUCAAAGUCCAGUUUGGGUAGAGACCCAAUUGAAUCUGGAAGAUUCUCUGGAAAAGACCCAACAAAGUCUGUCAUCAUCUCCAAAGGGAACACAAGGAAAUCUUGAAGCACUUUUACAAGAGACGCUUCAAACUACAGCAUUGUCUUUAAAAGAGAUUCAUCAAAGUCCUGAUACGUCUCCAAAAGACAUCCAUCAAAGUCGGGCAUCAUUUUCAAAGGAAAGCCAUCAAAGUUUUGUAUGUCCUUUAUCAUCUCUAAAUGACAUUUAUCAGAGUCCAGUGUUGUCUCCAAAAGACAUCCAUCCACGUCGGGCAUCAUCUCCAAAAGUCCUCCAUCAUUGUCCGACAUUGUCUUUGAAAGACAUCCAUCAAAGUCUGACUUUGUCUCCAAAGGACGACCAUGAAGGUCUGGCACCAUCAGUAAAAGCAAUCCAUCAUACUUUAGCAUUGUCUCCAAAAGAAGUCCAUCAAAGUCCAGCUUCGUCUCCAAAAGAAGUCCAUCAAAGUCCAUCAUCGUCGCCAAAAGAAGUCCAUCAAAGUCCAGCAACGUUUCCAAAAGAGACCUAUAUGGAUUCAUCCGUUUGUCAGAGCCAAGAAGUUCCCGUAUCAUUUCCAGAAGUGACCCAUCACUGUCAGGCCCCCUCAUCAGAGGAAAACCAUGAAAGUUUAGAUGAGCUCCAAGAAGUUCCUGCACCAUUUUCAGUGGAGAACUAUCAAAGUCCUACACAGUCUCCCAGUCAAAGUCAGAUUCAACAAAGUCCUACAUCUUCCUUGGUAGAGACUUAUCAAAGUUCUUCUUCAGCUCUUUCAACAAUGUGUCUACAUUCUCAAACACAGUCAAAUCCUCAACAACUUUCGGAUAUAUUUUCUGGUGAAUUGUGUCAGAUUUCAGAACCAUGUCUAGAAGACAUCCAGCAAACUCCAGAGUCAUGUUCAGAACAUGCCCCCCAAAGUCCUAUACCUUCUCCCAAACACGCCGACCAAAGUCCUACACCUUCUCCCAAACAUGCCUACCAAAGUCCUGCACCAUCUGUAGAGGACAGAUUACAAAGUUUUCCACAAUCUGGAUCAUCUCCAAAAAACACUCUUCAAAGCCCUGCACUGUCCCCAGAGAGAACUCGCCAAAGUCCUGUACCGUCUUUAGAGGUAAUCCAUCCAAAUCUUGGACCAUGUCAUGAAGAGCUUAAAAAAAACCCCACAAACUCUGGAGAAAUCCCACCACUGUCUCUCAAAGAGAUCCAUCAGAGUACGUUGGUUUCUCUUGCAGAACCUCCAGGAUUCCAAGAAGGUGCCAAUCAUUCUAGCCCUUCUCCUGCACAGCUUCAGAAUUGUUCCUCACUGCCUCACUUGGGUCAGACAGAACUUGGAUCAGGUUCCUUUCUGCAGGAACAUCCCUCAUCAUUUCACCCUAAUCCUUCACAGGACCAAGAAAGAAACACCCUAGCUCACCUUUGUCAAGGAAGUUCUACACUCAGUCAACCUUGUCCACCAAAACCCAAAUUAGGUCAAGGAGCCUCUCUUUGUCCUGCUGUGCAGCACCAAAGUCCUACGGUUUGUGCACAGGACCAGCAGAGUUCUUGUCAUCUCAACUUCACCUCUUCUAGUCCUAUACAGAAUCCCUCAGAGGAUCAGCAGAGACCAGUUCAGACUGCUCACAGCCCUCCACCACAGAGUCUGACAGAGCUGGACCUUAGUCCUACUAGGGUUCAACCAGGACCUGCAGAGUCUAAUAACAGUCCUAAACACAAGACUCGUCUCAGCAGGUCAUUGAGUCCAACGUCACCUCCUCACAGUCCCACACAAGAGGCUACUGGAUCAGACCCUUUCGACCCAGAACCCCUACAAGCCUGCAAUAAGUUCAGCUCUGCUCCAUGUAGCCCAAACCCUCCCCCAUUCAGACCUGGACUGUGCAGUCUGAUUCAGCCCAGCAGUCCAGAACAGCUGCAGUGUGACCAGGCUGUCGGGCCUUCAGAGACCACCACAGAACCAAGUUCUCAGUCUAAUGGGCAAACAUUGGGAAGUAGAUCAGAUCUCCCCCAAACCCGUACACCAGAAAGCCUUGAUCACAGCAGCCUAACUGGCUCGCCUUGUACGCAGGAGACAAAAGUGAAUCAGAGUCCUUGUAGCAGUCCAUUACCAUGCCGUGGAACUGUUGAAGCAGCCGGUGAUGGUUCCACACAAUCUGCCGCUGGUUUUUGCCCCACGCCUAUUGAGACCAGUUCCCCAACACAGUCAGCUAGUCCUAGAACAGUAAAUCAACCAGAACCUUUGUCCUGUCAGGUCUAUCCUGACAGUCUGGUCCACACAGAGGUCGUCAGUGGUUCUGGUUCUAGUUCGACACAGAUUGGUUCCACACACUUCCAGAGUUUUUGCAGGCCUCCUUCCAGUCCUUCACAUGGUCCUCCAACUAAUUCUGAUCUUGCUGAUGCCUUUGGUACCCACAGUCUAAACCAGAUUCCCUCAUAUGGUGAAAACCAGAUGAGUCCUUGCUGUGUGAGCCUAUUGCGGUCUAGUCUUGCUGGUCAAGCUAGUCCUGUUCAGACUACUAGCCAUUCCACUUGUGUGAGCCCACCUGACACUCCGGCUCAGGCUAGGGAAACCCAAAACCAACUCCCUGUACCCACUCGGAGUACUGCAAUCAGUACUGACCUUACUGGAACACAAGAGAGUUCUGAAUUAGACCUGGAUGUGGUCCUUGUAGCUAGUCCCAUUGUGCAAGAACCUGAUAGUCUAUCUGCUGUUGGUCCAACCACUGCUGGUUCUACAUCAGAUGGGUCACUGAGCCCCUCACACCGAAGACCAGAAACGAGCCCUAUCAUUCUGGUCCCAUCCAGUCCCAAGCCUGGAUCUAUGCUCACCAGUAACUCCAGUCCACCUAGCUCCGCCCACUCACAGGUUAGCCCUCCUCAUAAAGUCUAUACUUCAAGUCCUGUUGGUAGCCCUGUUCCUCUUAGUCCCAUCCGGCUACAGCAUAAUCCUGGUCCUGCUAGUCCGGUUCAGCCAGUGUCUGAACCUGACCUUCAUUCUGUUAGUCCAGUGCAGCCAAAGCCCAGUCUUGAUCCUGGUCCUGUAAAUCCUGUUCAGCAGAAACAUAGUCCUAAUCCUGUUAUUCCCACGCAACUCGAGCAGAGUCCUGACUUAAUUAGUCAACCACAAACUGUCCCUGGUCUCCUAAGUCCUAUACAGCCAGAUUCUGGUUUUGGACUUGGUCAGCAGAUUGGGCCUGAUGUGGAGAGUGGAGCUUCUGGAGAUGUUGGCCCAUCAAAGAAACCAGGGAGGAGCAAAGAAGAGGAGGAGGCACCAGAGGAUCCAGGAGGUGAAGAGGAGCGAGCUCAGGCUGAGGGUGAAGAAGACCAGCUCCACAUGGUUUCAGAGUCAGAGAGUCAGAGAGACUCUGACUCAGUCUGUUCUCCUUCAGGAGUCCAGCAGCUGGGUGGCACCCCCGUCCUCUUACCUGCCUCUGUCACCCUGCAGCCCUCACCUCACCUUUGUCCCUCACCAACUCCUCUUCAUACCAUCUCUUCAGAGGCCCCUCCCUUUUCCUCCCCUCACAAGAUGGCCUCACCCUCCUACUCCCCUCAAGCCACACCCCCUACAGAAGGACGCCCCCAGAAAAGAGAGGAGGCAGGACUGAAGGAGAGCCAAUCACAGAGCCUGAUAAAACUUGUUGCCGUGUCGACAGAACCCACCAAAGAUAAGCACCAAACACACGAAGAACCUUCAGAGAAGCAGGAGGAGGUUGCCAAUCAACAGCCAAUGAGAGAGAGGCAGGAAGUGGAGGAGGAGAUCCAAUCAGAGGUGGAGGAGGAGCCUCCUGUGAGCCCCGUUCUGGACCUGGACCCUUCUUUGGAUGAGGAGGUGAUGGAGCUGAUGUCCUCUGCUGCUGUCCCGUCCCUCCUGCAUCUGUCCUCCCCCAGUCCGCCUCUGUCCUCCUACAGAGGGAAGGGGCAGAGCUUCAGACCUCCUCCCUGCUCCUCUCGCCCCUCAGAUGACCUCUCCAUCCGCCUGAGGCAGUCUCCCUUUUCCACAGAGGCCUCCCCUGAAACCUCCCCUGCCAGAACUCCCAUCACUCCUCCUCCUCUCACUCCUCCCUCUCCUCCCCUGUCCAGAGAGUCUCCUCCUCUGUCCCAGGCUCCGCCCACCACAGUGUACCCACUCACCCUGAAGAUCGGCAUGGGGAAACCAGCCAUCUCCAAAAGGAAGUUCUCCCCCGGCCGAGCACGGGUCAGACAGGGUUCGUGGUGGAGCAGUCGCAGGGCGUUGAGCCCUCCCUCAUCCUCCCAGGAUUCUAUGGGGGAGGGAGGCUGGGACAGCCCUAAGCCCCGUCCACCAGACUCCCCCCUCUGGAGCAUGAAAGUGGGUCGGGGCUCAGGGUUUCCAGGAAGAAGGAGGUCCAGAGGAGGAGGCAUAGGAGGAGGAAGAGGAGGGAGAGGAAGGAGCCGCCUGAAGACUCAGGACAGUCUGACUGUGGUACCCGGAGGUGGGUACGUGGAGGUGUUCCAGUCCAAGGAGGAGGAGGAGAACUCCAUGCACAACACGGUGGUGAUGUUCUCCACCUCAGACCACUUCACCCUCAAACAGGACAUGUGUGUGGUGUGUGGCAGCUUCGGUCAGGGGGCAGAAGGUCGACUGUUGGCCUGCUCUCAGUGUGGACAGUGUUACCAUCCCUACUGCGUCAAUGUCAAGGUGACACGGGUGGUUCUGACCAAAGGGUGGCGUUGUCUGGAGUGCACGGUGUGCGAGGCGUGUGGAGAUGCUAGUGACCCCGGGCGCCUGUUGCUGUGCGACGACUGUGACAUCAGCUACCACACCUACUGUUUGGACCCGCCCCUCCACACGGUGCCCAAAGGAGCCUGGAAGUGCCAGUGGUGUGUGUGGUGCUUGCAGUGUGGCUCCGCCUCCCCCGGGUUGCGUUGUGAUUGGCAGAGUAACUACAGCCUGUGCGGGCCAUGCUGCAGUCUCAGCCAGUGUCCCAUCUGUCUGCGGCGCUACGCUCAGGACGACCUCAUCCUGCAGUGCCAACAGUGCGACAGGUGGGUCCACGCCUUGUGCCAGGGUCUCGCCUCAGAGGAGGAGGUGGAACUUGCUGCCGAUGAAGGCUUCGACUGCUCUCUGUGCCGGACCUACGGGCGCGCCUCCUACGGGAGGUCGGAGGGUGCGGUUCCCUACAUGGCUCAGAUCAUGUCCAGGAACAGAGAACCAGACUCGAGGACCUUCACUCAGGAUGGAGUCUGCCUCACCGAGUCUGGUCUAACCCAACUGCAGGCUCUGGUCGAGCCCCUCACAUCACCACGAAAGUACCGCAGGUGUAAACCCAAACUAAAGCUGAGGAUCAUCAACCAGAACUGUGUGUCCGUCCUGCAGACUCCACCGGACCCAGAGACGCCCACGGAGUCGGACCAGAACCGAGGUGACCUGGACUGUGACAUGAAAUCUGACUCCAGUCCAGAGCGAGACUCCUCCCACCUCGAUGACAUCAUGAAAGAUACUGAGGUUACCGACUGCAACAUAAAAAAGAAGAGGAAACCCUACAGGCCAGGUAUUGGGGGCUUCAUGGUGCGUCAGCGAGGAGGUAAAGCCAGUCUGAGCAGAAAGGACUCCACAGAGAUGCUUCUUAGUCGAGAUCCAGGUGUGCUGGAUGCUGAAGUUUCCAUGGAAACGGUGUCUGCUACAGAGCAGGUAAUAGAGAAGGUGAAGAAGAGGUACAGGAAGAAGAAAACGAAGCUAGAGGAGGCGUUCCCAUCAUACCUGCAGGAAGCCUUCUUCGGUCGGGAUCUCCUGGACCGCAGCCGCCACCAGGAUGGGAAGGCGGGGCCAGAGACGCCAGGUUAUAACCAGUUGGCAUCGGGUGACGUGAAAGUUAACGCCCACAGACUACAUGGCCCCUCCCCCUUUGAACAGCCUGUGGAUGCCAUGGCAACCAACAGGAAGCAGGGAACAUUACCUGGGAUGGACAUCAGCUCCCUGUCUUCUGAGCCAGCUGAAGGCUGUGGGCGUGGCCAGAGGACGGCACAGGAGGAGCCUCUGGACGCCAUCCUGAGUCCUGAGCUGGAUAAGAUGGUGACAGACGGAGCCAUCCUCAGCCGACUCUACAAGAUCCCAGAGCUGGAGGGGAAGGACGUGGAGGAGGUCUUCACUGCUGUUCUGAGUCCAAACAGCAGCAGCAACCAGCCGGAUCUGAGGAAGACUCACAGCUCAGCUGCAGCCUUCCCUCGUCUGCAUCUGAUGAACGGGCUAAUGCCUGCUGUUCCUCACCUCCCCAACGCUCCCAAAGCCUCUGGUGCUGUCCCAGAUCCUGCCGGGUUCAGGGUUCCUGUUCCUCAGAGCUCCGCCCACUGCUCAGCCUCAGCCAAUCAGGUGUCAGCAGCCUCAGAAAGUGAGCAGGACGUUCUGUCCACGGCUCAGAAGAGCAUGUUGAAGUGGGAGAAGGAAGAGAGCCUGGGAGAGCUGGCCACAGUCGCUCCAGUUCUGUACUGUAACACAAACUUCCCCCAGCUGAGGCAGCAGUACCCCGACUGGCCCACUCGGGUGAAGCAGAUCACCAAACUGUGGAGGAAGGCCAGCUCCCAGGACAGAGCCCCCUAUGUGCAAAAAGCUCGAGACAACCGAGCGGCUCAACGCAUCAACAAGGUUCAGUUGUGCAAUGACCCUCUGAAGCACCUGCAGCCUGCGCAGCCGCAGCCGCAGCUGCCACCACAGCAGCUGCCACCACAGCAGCUGCCACCACAGCAGCUGCCACCACAGCAGCUGGUGCCCUACGACCACGUUUCCCUGGAGACGGAGAUGUCCCUGAAGGACCCGCUGAGGCCCAGAGAGUCUGAGCAGGAGCAGGAGUGGAAGCUGAGACAGCAAAUGCGUCAGAAGAGUAAGCAGCUGGCAAAGAUUGAGGCCACGCAGAAACUGGAGCAGGUGAAAAAUGAGCAGCGCCAACAACAGCUCCGCCUGUCCGGACAACUCUCCCCAGAGGCCACCGCCCACCAGCCUGUUGUCGGGGGCAAUGCCUCGCCCCAACAGCAGCCACCGAGUAGGCAGCACCUCCUCCAGCAGGGGGCCUCAGGGUUGACCAAUGAUGUGUUCCUGAGACCACAAGCCCCUCCCCCCUCAGGCGUCUCCUCGCUCCCCUCCUCGCCGCUGCACCAGCUCCCAUCCUCCCCACUAAUGUUCUCCCCAUCUUCCUCCCGCCCCUCCUCCCCCUGGGACCCCUAUAUUAAAGGUGCAGGGACUCCUCAGUCCUCCUCCCAUUCAGGAGGUGCUCCGGCUCAUCAGCAGCAUCGCCUCACUUCCCUUAGCACCUCCCCUGCUCAUGAUGCAGUGGGCUCCCCCACACCGUCUCCAGACUCCAAAAUCUGCGACUCCUCACAGUCCGGUAACUACUCCUCUCUCUAUCCCUCUGGGUCCUCCUCUGGUUCCUCAUCUGGUAGGUCUCCAGGACCACGACAACAUGACCCAUUUACCAGAACCAACAGCAGCCAGACCCUAAAGCACCCUGGGAUAUCUGAGGAGUCCAGCUUCUCCUUGCACAGUGAGGAUGGAGGUCACAUGACACCAGGCCUGUCUCAGCUGGACAAAACCACAGCCAAUGGACCGUCAGCGGGGGUAUCCCCUCUGGAUGGACCGAUGAGCAUGAUGCCUCAGCUGGGGGACUCUGAGGAGAAACUGCGGCAGCGCCAGUGGCUCCGACAGCGCAUCCUCCGGCAGCAGCACCAGAAGAGCGCCUUACGGCAGGAGAAAGACCUGCAAGAUCUGGUCUCUGGACCUGCUCCUCCUCACAGCUGGCUCCCAGAGGACUCCCCCACCUCCUCUGCUGCUCCAGCCCACCCGUUUGGACGGCCCCCGCCCCCAUACCCUGGUACUGUAAGACCUCCUGAUCCCAGGUUUCCUGGAGGUUUUUCAGGGGAGCAGCAGAGGAACUUCACUCCCGAAAAGCCUUCCAUCUCCACACAGAGUCUCCCCCAAAACCCGGGUCUGCGAGGACCAGCCAUGAGGUUUGGAGGCCCUCCUGGAACUCCGGCGGGUGGCCAGGACUUCUUCCUCCGUCCUCCCCAGAUACCGCUCCCUGCUCCUGGUCUCAGUCCUGUGGAGGGGAAUCCGGCCCAGAUGAGGAGAUCCAUGGUCUCGGAGUUUACCAAGAUCCGGCCUUUGGUGCCCCCCAACUCCAGUGCUCACUUGAUGCCAGGUGUCCCUCAGCACUUCCUCCCUGGGUCCCACUCAGUCCAGCAGCACAUCAUGCCGUUCAUCGAGCUCCGGCACCGGGCUCCGGAGAACCGCCUGAGGCUACCCUUUCCCCUGCCGGACCCUGAGGUCCCCCUCAUGCACCCCAGAGACCCUGUCCAGCCCGUAGCAGUCCGGUCUGGUCCAGCCAGAAUUUGUGAAACUGCGAUGGCCCAACAGGACCAGCACCACCUGGGUCACCUGGUGCUGACUCAAAGCAGCGAGGUGCACCAUGAUGGAAUGGAGGAGCACCUGGAGGGAGAGGACUCGGCUGUGAAGGACCUGGAGGACGUGGAGGUGAAGGAUUUGGUGGACCUGAACUUGAACCUGGACCCAGAGGACGGUAAGGAAGACCUGGACCUGGGUCCGAACGACCUUCACCUGGAUGACUUCCUGCUGUCGGGGAAGUUUGACCUGAUCGCCUACGCCGACCCAGAACUCAACCUGGAGGACAAGAAGGACAUGUUCAACGAGGAGCUGGACCUGGGAGAGCCGCUUGAAGACAGGGAAGGGGGCGGAGCCUGUAGGAAGCUCGACGGACACGCCCACCAGGUGAAGCAAGAAGUGAAAAGAGCUGCUGACUCCUCAGCACCUCCUCCUGUGGCCAUAAGCAGACCUCCUGAAGCAGCAGGACCCUUGGUUCUCCUCUCAAAGGAGAAGCUGGAGGUCUCUGGUUCUGUUGUAGGUGCUGGGCCAGCCAUACUGGUUCAGGAUCAAGCUCCGUCCUCAGAUGUGACCCCCAGGGUCCACCCCUUCAUGUCUGCAGGGCAACAGGCCAUCUUCCAGCAAAACCAGAGACCACUUAGACCCAGUCCUAACCCUCAGUCUCAGAGUCCAGCUCCGCAGGGAACCCCUGUCCUACCUCCUCAGCCUCGCCUCCCUCUCAACCUCCAGGCCCAGAUGAAAGGUCGGCACCUGCUCCUGGUGGAGCAGCCACUCCUCAUCCAGGACCUGCUGGACAAGGAGCGCCAGGAGCAACAGCAGCAGAAACAUAUGCAGGCCAUGAUCAGACAGACUUCUGGAUCAGAGUCUGGCUUCUCCAGCAUGAUUCCAGCUUCCUCAGAAUUAUGUGUGACUGUUGGCUCUGCAGACUUUGACUCCAUCUCAGACCCCAUCAUGAAGGCCAAGAUGGUGGCUCUGAAGGGGAUCAACAAGGUGAUGAGUCAGGGGAAUUUGGGCCUGAACCCCGUGGCCAUCAACAGGUUUCAGCAAGCUCCGGUGGCCCUGGGCACCGAGGGCAUUCCUCAGCCCCCUCACCUGAUUAGACAGGAUGGGAAGUUGAACCCUCAGCUGGUCCGACGGAACCCCCCCAGCUUCGGUUCGGGAUUUGUCAAUGAGUCCCAGCGGCGUCAAUAUGAGGAGUGGCUCGGGGAGACGCAGCAGCUUCUGCAGAUGCAGCAGCGCCUCCUGGAGGACCAGAUUGCCGCUCACAGGAAGGCCAAGAAGGCGCUGUCGGCCAAGCAGAGGACGGCCAAGAGAGCGGGUCGGACCUUGGCUGAGGAGGACGCCACCCAGCUCCGCUACAUCAGCGAGCAGCAGGGGUCGGUCCAGAAACAGCUGGAGCAGAUCCGGAAGCAGCAGAAGGACCACACUGAGCUGAUUGAAGACUACAAGAACAAAAAUAAGCAGAGGCUCUUACAGAUUCCCCCCCAGAAUGCCCUUACCCAGCCCACGGUGCCCCUGCAGCCCAACCCAAAUGGACCCACACCAGUCCGUGCCCCAAGUGUCCCUGUUGGCUGGUCCCCAAGCCCCGGUGCUCCAGGUCCCAUGGGACAAAGAAUACCAGCACACCUGCCUCCUCAGAUACCCCCCACCCUGCCCAACAACUCCCAAGGAUCUCAGCACACCCAGAACCCUCAGUCCAUGAUUCCAGGACUCACGGCCUCAACACCCGGCUUCACUACAGGUCCCCGGGGUCCUUCAGGGGGGCCCAAUGGAGCCAAAGGGGAUGGAGCCGCACUAACACCUCAGGUGAACUUUGACGAUAACAACCCGUUCAGUGAAGGGUUCCAGGAGCGAGAGAGGAGGGAGCGUCUGAGAGAGCAGCAGGAGCGUCAGAGAGUCCAGCUUAUGCAGGAGGUGGAACGUCACCGUGUCCUGCAGCAGAGACUAGAACUGGAGCAACAGAACCUCAGGCCCGGGUCUGGAGCUGGUGAUAUGUCUGGGUCCAGAGUCCAACAAAUACCAGAUCCAGGAGCACAAGGUCCUGGAGGUCUAGUUAGAGCAAGUCUCAGAAUGGAUGGCCUGUCUCGGAUGCCAUUCUCCAGUUCUGACUCUGCAAUGAACUUCCUGCAUUCCUCUACAGCCUCCAGACCUUCACUUCACGUCCAGGUCCAGGCACCAGCAGGGGGACCAUUCCCCUCACAGGCCAGUCUCCAUCAGGGCGUCACAGGAGGGCCCCUGCACCCACCUCCAGGACUGCUUCCAAAGGAUGGUUCUGUUUCUCCCCUCCAGACCAAACCAAGGCUGCCAGCUCAGGUGCAUCCAGGAGCAGCAGGGAUGACCCCCUCCCACCCUGCAGGUCAAGGUCCUCAGCUUGGACACAACUCCAGCUCCUCCUCACCCUCCACCCCCCUGCCCACCUCGUUCCCCUGCUCCUCUGGAGGCUCUGCCUCCACAAUGCACCCCUAUGCUGACAUGACUGCGGAUGACAUACCAAAGAAGAAGAGCAGGAGAGGGGAUGGAGAUGAUGCAGGGGCAGAAGGGGCCCAAAGACCGCUGUCACCGCACUCUGACAUCACAGCCCCACCCACUCCGGCUGUCUCUGACACCUCCUGCUCCACACCCACCCACCAAUCAGACAGCUCUUUCUCUGGUUUGGCUCCAUCAGCUGAGCUGGAGAGGCAGCUGUCAGCAAGAGGCUCCGUCCUGGUCUCUGAGGGCCAGAGAGGGCCCCUGUCUACUGUUCAGUUGGAGAUCAAGGAGGAGCGCAUGGAGGCGAGGCCUUGUGGAGGAGGUGUGAUGAAGAUGGAGGAGGCUCAGGGUUACAGGUUAUCCUCCCCCUCAUCCCCUCUUCAGGGGGGAGAGGGGGGUAAGGAGCUGCUCAGACACCUGCUGAAGGAGAAGACUUCACCUGCAAACAUGCCAUCACCCACCAGACAGACCCCACCCACUGCCUACCACCAGUUGUCCAUCGACAGCGUGCGGUCUGAGAAGGAGGAGGGAACUGGUUGUCAUGGCAACACGGUGACCAUGAGUGACAGUCCUGGUCCUGACCGGAAGAAGAUUCAGCGCUCCAAGAGAUCGAACCGGAAUGACAAAGACAAAGCUCUUCCCAAAUACAAGAGGAGGAAGAAGGAGGAGGAAGAGGAUGAGAAGAGCCUCCACUCCUCCAUUGACCCCCUGAUGACUCACUUGAGACAGCUCUCAGUGCUGCCUCUCAUGGAACCGGUCCUGGGGGUGGAUCUGAGCCUGUUCACCCCCUACGGCAGCUCCUCGCUGGGGAAAGACUCCCGCCUCACUGGCUCCUUCGGUAACGCCUCACUGGACAAGGUCUCUGACUACUACUCCCAGCUCAUAUACAAGCAGAAUAACCUCAGUAACCCCCCAACACCACCAGCCUCCCUGCCCCCCACACCUCCACCUGUCGCCAGGCAGAAACUGCUCAACGGCUACGCCACCACGGAGGAGCUGACUAAGAAGGAGAUCAGUGAGCAGGAAGUGAAAGGUGUGUCAGCACUGAAGCAGAAGGAGGAGGAGCUUCUGAGUCUAAACCACUCCUCUAAGACUGUACAUGUCCCCGCCUCCCUGCCAACUCCACCCCAUAACAAUCAGGAAGAGCUCAGAGUGCAGAAUUCUUCGGACCAUGACAGCCUGGACGGCUUUGUGCUGUCGUCGUCUCCGGAGAGCGUAGCGGACAUGGUGGUGAGCAGGUACCCCGACCUGUCCUUCAUCAAGACAGAGCCGCCCUCACCCUGCCCCUCGCCUACAUUUCCCAUAAUCCCCUGUGCCUGGGGCAAAGGCUCUGUGGUGAAACAGGAAGUGAAGGCGGAGCCUCAACUGCAGGAUCACCCUUCCUGCUCCAACAAAGACCUGGUUACCAUAACGAUAACUCUGAACCCAGUCGCAGCUCAGAAUGUUUCGGGCGUGAUGGCAACGAUGGCAGGGCUACUGCGGGUCCCGGGACCCAUCAGCUACCAGCUGAGCCAAGCGCCAGGCUCUGAGCAGAACUCUCUGGCCCUUCUGGCUGGAGUCCGUGUGCCGCAGGUUCAUGGUCCAGGACCUGGCAGGCUGCAGAGGGUGCACCCUGCUGUGGGGAACCAGCCGCGCUGCUGCAGUCGCUGCAAGGAGCUUCUGGGAAACAGAGUCCACCUCAAACAGGAACCAGAGUCCAGAAACGGAUCCAGCCUGCUGUUCUGCAGUCCCAGCUGUUCUGCCCUGUACCGGUCCGAGAAUCAAAACCGUUCCACAGGAAGCAAGCCUGCAAUCCCAGUUGUGCUGACUGGAUCUGAGUCAACUCCUCCCAGCAGAACCCAGCACCAUUACACCAACAACAUGUCCUCUAUCGCCGUCCAGUCUCUCCCUCACACUCCAUCCUUCUCCUCCUCCUCCUCCUCCUCCUCCCCGCCGCUCACCUUUCCUCCCGCCUCCGCCAUCACCAUGGAGACCAGGCCCCGCAUGGACAGCCUCAAGGUGAAGGUGAAGUUAAAACCCCGCCCCCGGGCCGUGCCAGGCACAGAUGGGUCACCGUUGUCUCGACACGGGAAGAGAACGAAGAGUUCCCGCUGGAGACGGUGGAGUGUCGGCAUCACACUCAGCAGGGGUCCGUGCGUUCGUAACGAUGCGGUUGCCGUGCCGACGGAGGAGGAAGUGGACGAGUUGCUGAGGAGGUUGGGGGCGUGUCUUUGUCCUGACCCGUUACCUAAAGACCAGCGGAGGUGCUGCUUCUGUCACCAGCAGGGAGACGGACUGACGGACGGGCCGGCCCGACUCCUGAACCUGGACCUGGAUCUGUGGGUGCACCUGAACUGUGCCCUGUGGUCCAGUGAGGUGUACGAGACCCAGGCGGGUGCCCUGAUCAACGUGGAGCUGGCUCUGAGGCGGGGCUUGAUGCUGCGCUGCGUCCACUGCCAGCAGACUGGCGCCACCGCUGGCUGCAACCGGCUCCGCUGCACCAACACUUACCACUUCACCUGCGCCCUGCAGGCCCACUGCACCUUCUUCAAGGAUAAGACCAUGCUCUGUCACCUCCACAAGCCCCGGACGCUGCUCCUCAGCGGGGACCGCUCGUCCAGCUGCUCCCCCUCCACCACGCCCGACCUGAUCCUCGACUCUGCACCGUUUUGUGACCCUUACGACUCGGAGCUGCGCUGCUUCGCUGUGUUCCGGCGAGUCUUCGUGCAGCGGGAUGAGGCAAGGCAGAUCGCCGCCGUGGUGCAGCGCGGUGAGCGGCAGCACACCUUCCGGGUCGGCAGCCUCCUGUUCUGCGCCGUUGGCAGGCUCCUCCCUCAGCAGAUGGGCUUCUUCCACAACCAGGCCGCCAUCUUCCCCAUUGGUUACCACGCCAACCGCUACUACUGGAGCAUGCGCCACUGCAACAGGCGCUGUAAGUACAUGUGCUACAUCGAGGAGACGGAGGCUCAGCCGCUCUUUAAAGUCAAGGUGGUCGAGAAGGGACACGAGGACCUGGUCCUGACAGGAGACACUCCUAAAGCUGUGUGGGACCAGGUCCUGGAUCCUGUGGCCCAGUUGAGGAGCUCCAGUGGGACUCUGAAACUGUUCCCUGUUUACCUGAAGGGAGAAGACCUGUUCGGUUUGACUACGUCUGCAGUGACACGGAUCAUUGAGUCCCUGCCUGGUGUCGAGGCCUGUGAGCGUUACACCUUCCGUUAUGGCAGGAACCCGCUCAUGGAGUGGCCCCUGGCCUUCAACCCGUCCGGCUCGGCCCGCUCUGAACCCAAAGCUUGCCAGGCCAAGAGGCCCUAUCUGCUGACCAGUACGGCUUCCAGAUGUCAGGGUUCUGUAGGCUCCAUCGUGGGUCUCGUCCCCGGCGUCCUGUCUCUGUCUCCUGGAGAAACAGUGGCCGGUGCCCAUCAGGGACGCCACUCCAAGUCGUCCCAGUACCGCCGCAUGAAGGCCGAGUGGAAGAGCAACGUGUACCUGGCUCGCUCUCGCAUCCAGGGUCUGGGUCUGUACGCUGCCAGGGACAUCGAGAAGUGCACCAUGGUCAUCGAGUACAUCGGAGCCAUCAUCAGGAGUGAGGUGGCCAAUCGCAAGGAGAGGCUGUACGAGUCGCAGAACCGAGGUGUGUACAUGUUCCGGAUAGAUAAUGACUUUGUGAUCGACGCCACCAUCACCGGAGGACCUGCCAGGUACAUCAACCACUCAUGCGCUCCAAACUGCAUCACUGAGGUGGUGACUGUGGAAAAGGAGAACAAGAUCAUCAUCAGCUCCUGCAGACGUAUCCAGAGAGGAGAGGAGCUCUGCUACGACUACAAGUUUGACCUGGAGGACGAUCAGCACAAGAUCCCGUGUCACUGUGGAGCUGUGAACUGCCGCAAGUGGAUGAACUGAUCCUAUGUGCACACUCACGUGCACAACUCUCUCUCUCUAUUCAAAGCUGAAGGUCGAUCGCCCCCCUCCCCUCUGUGGGCGGUGCUAAUAUUACAUCAUGGUUUAACUGAGUUUUUUGACAAAUAAAGGGACGGGUUGUGGAUGGGGCGACAUGAUCUGGUCAGAUGGGCGGGGCUAAUGACAAUGCUGAGUU